CUCCUCCCUCUCUGUAGUGUAUAUCGUAGAGAUUAAAGAUGGCGCCUUCACACGUCCUCAGAUGCUGUCAGCGAGGUCUGGCUUGGAUUCCGGUCAUUUUUAUCGCUUUAGUUGUGUGCUGGUCGUAUUAUGCUUACGUAGUGGAGCUGUGUGUGUUCACGGUGCCGAGUCUCGGAGAAAAAGUUAUCUACUUGGUCGUUUUUCAUCUCUCCUUCAUCAUGUUUGUUUGGUCUUAUUGGAAGGCCAUCUUCACGAGACCAAUGAAUCCAUCCAAAGAGUUCUGUUUACCCAAAGCUGAGAAGGAGCUUUAUGAGAAAGAAGAGCGUCCAGAGACCCAGCAGGAGAUCCUGAAGCGAGUCGCGAGCAGUCUGCCGCUCUACACUCGCACUGGCACUGGAGCCAUCCGUUACUGUGACCGCUGCCAGGUCAUCAAACCGGACCGGUGCCACCACUGCUCCGCGUGUGACAUGUGUGUGUUGAAGAUGGAUCAUCACUGUCCCUGGGUAAACAACUGUGUCGGUUUCUCCAAUUACAAGUUCUUCAUCCUGUUCCUGGCCUACUCGCUACUGUACUGCUUGUUCAUCGCUGCCUCCGUGCUGCAGUACUUCAUCAAGUUCUGGACACUUUGCCGGAGGAAAUCAGCAGAGAAUUGUCCGAAGAGUGAGCUGCCCGACUCUCAUGCCAAAUUCCACGUGUUGUUCCUCUUCUUUGUGGCUGCCAUGUUCUGUAUCAGUAUCCUCUCCCUCUUCACUUACCACCUGUGGCUUGUAGGAAAGAACAGAUCCACGAUAGAGGCGUUCCGAGCGCCCUUGUUCAGGAACGGCCCAGAUAAAAACGGGUUCUCUCUGGGUUUUAGCAAGAACAUUGCUCAGGUGUUUGGAGACCAAAAGAAGUUCUGGCUGCUGCCGGUGUUCACCAGUCAGGGAGACGGACUCACGUUUCCAACCAGGCUGGUGGUCACCGAUCCAGAGCAGCCCACAGUGGUCGUACAUCCUGACCCCCUGAACCAAAGCGUUGAAGGUAAACAGUGCAGUCCUCUCAGUGAGUCUCAGAAACAUCUGCUCAAUAAUGACCUCCAUGACGAUCACACCGUCGUAAUGGCUGUAAAGACUGAUGAAAGCGACGCGGUCACCGUUUCCAUGGACACCGAUUCCUAGCCAGGGUUCGUGUUCGUAAACUGUGGAGGAGAAACACAGCCAUCAAACGUGAUGCCUUAAACAACUCCAUCACCUCUGCAGCAGCUCCUCGUCUGUGUUUGCAUCCUGGUCACACAUCUGGUCUUGGGUUUUGUUUUUUCUCAGCACACUUUAUUUUAACGCUCACUCAUGAACUUUGAUUAAUGGUGCAACUCUCAUAGAAUACCGUUUGUUGUUUACCAGAAAAUGCACACUACCCUCGUGUUGUUGGGGUGAUUCGAGUCCCCGGCACUAACUGAUCUGAUGUUUACAUAGCGGGGAGUGAUCUAAAGAGCUAGAGCUAUCCACAUCUCCGCUCAGUCUCCAUUUACACACACACUCACACACACACACAUAUAUAUAUAUAUAUAUACAUAUACACACAUAUAGCAAACAUGUUUGUUACCUCCAGUGUUUGUUUAUUUUUGUUGUAUUCAGGUUGUGUGUUGAGUCGCAGGUUCGCACAUUUGCACGUUCUAAAUAUAUAAUACAUCAUAAUUACAUAUGUUACUAAAUAUAAAAGUACAACUAAAAAAUAUUUCAUAAUUCUCAUCUAACAGAAAUAAACCAUUUCAACACAAGAUCAGAUAUAACGCGCCUCUGGGUGGAUAACGACGCUAAAGCCGCUCCGGUGUCGAGUCCAGUUAACAAAAUGAAUUAAAUAAUCAUUUAAUUUAACUUCUGAUUCUAAUUUAAUAUUCACAGAUAUCUGUUUCUCACUGCGGACAGAACUAAACGCUCCUAAUGUCGGGUUUGGUUUUAAUUCUACUAAAAUUCUUUAGGUUCGGUUUGGACCUCGAUUUCAAUCCAUUAAAAAUUCAAUUCCGUCUUCCUUCAAGGUCGGAGCUUUAACGUGUGUUUAGAUGAUUUACGUCUUACUUUAAUACAGUAUUGAUUAUGUUCUGUGGUGGUGAUGAUGAUGAUGAUGAUGAUGAAAUAAAGCGAAACAGGAUCUUUGGGUCUUAUCAGGGUGAUGUGGUGAGGUUGUGUAGCGAGUCUCAGAUUUGGGUGGAAAAAAGGGAUUUUUUUUCUGCAGAGUGAAAACAAAAUGUCCAAAACUAGCAGCACUUAACGCUCGUGAUAGACAGGAGUUAGAGAGUAGAAAACUAAAAGAACUCCAAACUGAACCUGUCAUGCAGCUACAACAUUUCACGUCUGUUUGUAUUUCUGAAUCGUUUGUCAUCUGUGAACCAAUCGACUCUCGGAGCUGAACACCAGAGAGCCAUUUUUUUCCCUCUUUGUUAUUUAUUUAUUUUAUUACUCGUGUAACGAUGAAAUCAUUUAAUCCCACAAACUACUUUAACUGUAUACUUUCCUUUAUCUGAGCUGUUUGUUAGCAUUAAAUUGAUUCGUUUUCAGUAACUAGAAAAUAGUCAAUAAAACUUGAAAUUCUUCAUCCGAGCUUUGAAUAAGUUUUCAUACGGCGCCGAAACGAGCGAACGUGAACGUCGUUUUAUUUAGAAAACGUUCAAACGAGUCGAAACAUCACAAAUUUUCGAACGAGUUAAAAAGGUUUUCCACCCGGAGGUCCGUCGACCUGCACGAGUUCACACUUCAGAUCUGUUUUAAAGCUUGUUCACAGAAUCCCAGAGACAGCGCAGGUGAGGGGUGUUUUUAUUUUUACAUCAGGAGCGUUAACAAUUAGUCUGGGGACAAAACAACACGUUAGAAAGUGUCAAAUCAAAUAUUCUGCUUUUAGAGGUAUAACGUCAAACGUUUGAUGGAGUUUUGGGGUAAAAACCCUUGUGUUUAUUUGUGAGGGAUUUAAUUCAAACGUUAUCCUAAUUGUUUUAUUCUCAUGGCCGAGCAUCGAACAACGAACCGUUCGGACGCACGGUCUUUUUCAAAAGUAUCGGAACGUCACAUUUUUGCCUGAAUUAACACACCGAUAUGUAAAUAUGUACGUCCUCAGUGUAUAACUGCCCCAAUACCUUCGUAGGGCAUUACGGUGCACUACGUAGGGUCUGUACCACCGUAAUUACACCCUGUGUAGUGAGCUUCAGCGUUUAACCCGAAGCCUGAGAGAUUGUCACCACUUUAGGGAAGCAACUUUAUUUUUUUUGCUGAUUAAUAUUCAUUACGCACUCAUUAAUAUUCAUCUGCGUUUAAAUACCAAAUCUUUUUGACUCGGUUGCACUUUCUAACUGAAUUUGAGAGACCAAGUUCACAGACGUUUUCGAUUAAUAGCACAGACGACGCGUUUACAGCUCGAUCUCGCAUCAUCUUGCAUCUCGAAUCAGAACCUUUCCAAAUUAUUUUUUACUUUCCGCAGAAUUUUCAGUAUAAAUCGCAUCGAGACCGUCUUCUUAUUCGUCCAUGCCGAACCCCGUGACCCUAUAAAUCUACUCCAGUAUCGAUCUCCAGUAAACGUGAACAGGAUUCUGAUGUAGAAACGGAUCCGUUGUAAAUAAACCGAUUCUGAACGUUACCUUUAUAAAUAACGAGGCUUUGUCUAAAGAGAUUCCACGUUUUUAUGCAUAUUCAUAAGCUGGUUGUCUUAUGAAAAGAUUUCUUUCUAUGUAACUGUGUAGGUUUAGAUUUAUAUCCAUUUACUUGGACGGUGUUGACGGUCGAGUGCAAAAGUUUACACCCCCUCUGAAGCGUGUGUUGGAUUUCUUUUUUUUUUCUCUCUCUCUUGUUCACCGCUUUAUUCGUUUUGUCUGUUAUCUUAUUCCUGAUAAUUGUUCACGUCUUUGUGUCCGUUUUUCUUACGUAUGCUCUGUUUUCUAGAAUCUCCAUCUCCGGCUCCCUGAGUUCUAAGUAGUUUAUAGUGUUUGUUAUGAGUUGUGCAAAUACGGUUCAGUAUUUUAUGACACAUGAUUUUAGCAUUCGAUUUGAACCAGACGAUUCACCUUUGCUCAAACGUGGUGAAGAUGACGACGAUGACGAUGACGACGGUGUAGAGAUUCUUAUUUAUUUUUUCCCUCUGAGCAAUGUUUCCCUUCUUUAAAGGUAAUUGUGUCGAUCCAUUGACUUUUUAAUCGAUCCAUGUCUUGGCCGAUUCGUCUGUGUGAAGCUGAUUUACUAACUAAAAAUUAUUGAUGAGGCUUUUAGAAUAAAACAAAACAGUUAUGUCACUAAUUCAAUAAAUCUCAUCUGAAUAAAAUACAGACUGUUGAUGGGGGGGGACAAACUUUUGUUCCUGCCGGUAAAUAUUCUUCCUGAUCUCGUGUUUUUGAGUGAGGGGGUGCUAACUUUUGCACUCGACUGUAUUUCAGGCUGGUUAUUUAAAAUCUGACCUUGGUCAUUUGAGGCUGCUGUGUUUUUGCCAAAUAAAGGGCUGAAUAUCGGAGCUCAGCUCUGUUCUGUUCUGUUCUGUUCUGUUCUUCUCUUUUUCAUUUCAAUGUCAUGUUUAUUUAUUGAUUGUUUUUUCCUCUCAGUAUCAGUGCUGUUUCUCGUUCCUCCGCUGGUUCUCAGCGUCUGGUCAGGUGUUUCAUCUAGAAAAUGUUCAAUAUUAUUAGUGUUUGUUAACAUCCAAAGUGUGUGUGUGUGUGUGUGUGUGUGUGUGUGUGUGUGUGUGUGUGUGUGUGUGUGUGUGUGUGUGGUGAUCGGUGUCAGAUGUCUAUCCAGAUCAGUACAAUAUGGAGAGCUUUGCAUCAGGACACUUGCUGGAGAAACACAGACGUGUGCAAGCUUGAGCCACUGAUUCCACGAUUCUAUGCAAAUUAGAUAUAAAGGAGCAACAAAACCUAACGAUCAGAUCGAACGGUUCCUCGGACGGAUCCUGUCAUUACUUCAGUUCCUUUGUCAUUAUCCUUAGAUUCAUACCUAAGAUUAUUUCUACACGCGAUAGGACAGGAAAGGGCGGGACAUGACACGGCAGGA